UCUAACUGCAGGACUAUUCACUGUUAGUAGCGAUCUGUUGCAUUUCCUAUUGGUUCCUGAAUCCAAUGAUUUCACAAAUGAUGAGAAAUACAUCCGUCAGCAAAUGAGAAAAAUGGCAACUAUACUGUAUGAGAUGCCUCUCAGGGCUCUCGUUUUGUGUGCUCAAGCUUCCGCCCAGCUAUGGCGUCGCAAUGGAUUCUCUCUAGUGAAUCAAAUUCACAAUUAUUACUCACCUCUCUGUCGAACGGAAAUGUUCGACAGAGACUUGUUGAUGAUGCAGGUUGGAGCCGCUAUCCGCCCACCGACUGAUUUUCUGCUGCACAUCAUAUGCCGGUUCCGACUAGUCCAGUGGGCUGAUCAGUCUGGUGAUGGCGGAUCGAAACAUUCCACACCGUUCGGAAAAAUGGAACCCGAAGAAACUGGGAAAAUCAUCGUCAUACUAGCAGAAGAAAUGCUGCAUUUGCUGAUCAUGAUACUUGGAGAACGAUACCAUCCUGGUGUGGGAAAGUGCACGUUUACGGAUCAAGUACAGCGUGAAGUCAUCCAUGUGCUUUGUACCGGACCACAACCUUUCAGUCAUAUCCAAAAGAGGAUGUCUCAUGAUCCUAUGGUGGAGCGCAUAUCGUUGCAUGAAGUCGUCAACAGUGUCGCGAACUUUGUCAAACCAACGACAACCUCAGCUGGACAGUUUUAUCUGAAGGAGUCAUUACUCACUGAAUACAAUCCCUUCUUCUAUCACUACUCGAAAAGCGAUCUUUCGCAGGCCGAACAAUACCAGCAAAAAAUACGCUCAAAGCUUGAUCGGAAGCUACAAGCGUGUCCACCGCCCAUGCCUGUUGAGUUUGAACCAUUCUUCGCUUCAGUUCGAAACAUAUUGAAGACUCCAUGUCUAAUCAAAAUUCUGAAACUGGUUCUGGAUAGAACAGGAAAACGGAGUCGCUUUUCGAGUGAUCGUCUUUUCCAUCGGGUUUGUGAAACUGAAUUCCUUUGUUCAUUUUAUUGGUGUGAAACUUGUCACUUGUUUUGA